AUGAUGAGGAGGCUGGAUUAGAUCUCGGGGCUCUCUGACUUGGAUAGCCAUCAGGAUCAGUGUGGUGGUGUUUUCUGGUUGCCUGCCCCAAACUACCUGCUCGGCCUCAAGCCAAAGAGGUAACAACCCUUCCUUCGGUCAGCAACUGGAAUUCUGCUGGAAUUUUAAUGGUGUGGUUUUGCCUUUACUUCCCCGAGGAGGACAUGUGUUACAGGUUGACCAAUCAGAAGACCUCACAAUCCUGGAUUUACGCAUGUGACAGAAACAAGGCCAAUCGGUAAAGUUAUUUUCUAUAUUGGGUGAAAGUGGGAGAGGAUGACACUUCCUACUGUGACCUUAAAUAUAGGCUAUAAAGCUCCUGUGCUCUAAGGGGAGGCCAAUUCCCCCAAUAUCAGGAUCUCUGCAGCCCAGCCCUGAGGCAUCCAUUCUCUGAAGCAUAGACACCACAAGGACUGAACAAGGUCAAGAGACUCCAGGCACAGUCCCCCCUGGAAAGCAUGUGGACUCUGAUCGCCCUGCGGCCCCUCACUCUGCUGCUUUUGCUGCUCCUGCUACUGCAGCCACUGCAGUUGAAAAUCUUGCACAAAUAUGUUCCGUUGUCAGCGGAAGAGAUAGAGCAAUUUGAAGAUUAUUUGGAGGAAAUGCGCAGCACAGGACCUACCCUACCAACCCCUAAAGAUGUUUUCAAAAGGCGCACCAUUAUUGAUCCAGGAAGACCCUUAACUGAUUCCAACUACUGCACUGAUGAAAUAAAGAUGAAAAAUGUCCACAACAGAUUCCGUUGUGUAAAAGAACAUUUCUUCCUCCAGAUAUCAUUUGAGGAACUGCAAGACAUCUGUAACAACCUGUUUGUGUCUUGUAAGAAUGGGGUGAAGAGAUGUCACAGGAGCAGGCAAUCAAUAAAAGGAGUGUACUGUAAUUUAAUCGAAGGAGUGGUAAUGACAGACUGUGUCCAUGAAUCUUCUUACAGGCAGGGACAGGUCCUUAUGACUUGUCGAUGGCAAAAUGAUAUUCAAGAAGUUAUCCCUGCUUACAUAAAUGAUAUUAUGGAGAUAAAUGAUACUAUCAAGGAGAAACAUGUCCUCCACGGUUACUUCCAGUGACCCUUCUAAAAGAGUAUUCUCUAAGACGUCAAGAGUAGGACACAUCGCUCGCCAUAUGGAUCCUUACGGUUCAAAAUUGAGAAUGGUAACGUUGAUUCUAUCAGUUUUAAUCAUCCACCUUCUUCCCUUCUUCUCCUGACACCAUGCAAACAAUGUGGGCUAAGUUCACAGACGGUGCUCUGAGAUGUGGCUUCAAACAGGUCACGUCAUUUAGCACAUUUUGGAUGUGUUUGGAGGGUGAAUGCCUGAAGGGAAAGGGUGGCUGGCUCCAAGAGGGACAGGAAAUGGUUAUCUGGAGUGUGCUCCUAUGUUGUCUUCAUGUACAUCUCUAGCUCAGUAGAAAUAAUAAAGUGCAUUGACCUAG